UAUAAUUUUUUUACGAUGAUCUUUUCUUUAAAUGAACUGGUUCAUUGGUUAGGUUUAACAAUCUUUGAGAUAUGGAUCAAUUUACUUGCCUUAUUGUUCUUCACUGUUUUGCUAGCUUUAAAAUUAGAUGAACAGUUAUUUUUGGGACCAUCAGGAUGGUGGGAAGUAUUUUCGCCACUCUUUGUAGCAGAUGGUUUAAAUACGUAUUUUUGCGCUAUUAUUUUUAUAAGAAUGUAUAUGGAAGGAAUGAUUAGAGCAGGCAUUUUGCGAGCAUUAUGGAGUCAAAUAUCAUUAUUAUUAAUUUUUGUGUUUAAGUAUCUUCUGUGUAAAAAGCUCUCUGGACAAAGCACGUUGGAGUAUUCUGAAGUUUUGAGUCCUGUAUUCAUUCUUCUGCAAUUGAUUGCUGUCAGAGCUUGUCAAUUACAUUAAGAAAAAUAGAAGAAUUUUCCUGUGUACUACUUCCAGAGUCAUCAUCUAUAAACAACUGACCAGCAAUCCAGGUGCUUUAUGUGGGCAUGUGUGCCCCCUCCAGUCCUCUUCAGCC